AUGGGGAGAGAAGAAGAAGAAGCCUUCUUCAUCGACGACGAGGAGGAGAGCUCGCAGUGCAGCAGCGGGUGCCAGUCCGGCUGGACCCUCUACCUGGACCACUCCGGCUCAGGCCAGCAGCAGCAAUGCUGCGCGCUGCCUCGCCAUCCCGCCGACGUCCGGCGGCAGAUGUUGCCGCAGGAGCAGUAUAGCUCCGACGAGGAGGACUCCAUGGUCUCCGACGCCUCCUCCGGCCCGGCGCACUACGUGCGCGACGACGAAGAAGAGCUGCUGCAAGUUCAAGGGCAGAUCAGCAAGCAACGUCGGUCGUCCUUCGGCGUCGACCCCUCUGGCUCCCGCUCCUUGCUCCCCGCUCGGUCUCAUAGUUCGGGCGAGGCGAAGCUCAGAAAGAAGCGGAGGACUGCCCUGCAAGGGGUGGAUGAGGCGGCGAUUCGCUGCCAUGUCGACGUCGACGACGACGACGAUCUCGACGACACGGCGAGCUCGUCUGCCAUCGUCGCGUCGGCCCACAUAGUGGAAGCGAUGCGCCAACAGAAACCAAGCUGUGGUUUCAUGGCCGAGCAUUGUUCUUCCCUGGAUCUGGAGUGGCCAGCUGGGCUUGAACUUUGA